GCUAUACUCUCCGUCUCUGAGAUCUGAGCUCCCCUAUCAAAUAAUUAAAUGAACGUGCUAGUGUAUCCCAGCACACACCCAGCCGCUUCCUCUCUCGUUGAAACGCUUGCUUCAAUACUGACACCGCACUAUUUACCACAGCUGCUAACACCAUCUCAACUCUCCGUACAAGAAUAUCCAUGGCACACCUCUUGUGCCCUCCUCUUACUCCUCUCCCCUCCUACAGAUCAUGCGGCUGUCCGCAAAUACAUCGAGUCGGGAGGCAGGAUAUUAGCAUUUGGCGUUGGCGUCACAAAAGGCACUCUAUUUGGUCCGAGUCAUGACUUUGGAUCGCUAUCCGCGGGUCUUGGUCUGGGCAUGGUAAAGGACACGACUAUACUCAGAGUCGCUGAUGGAAACGCAUCCUUCUACAUCUCCUUCUCAACUGCUUCCGGAACAAAUGCGAAUGUACUGAUCAACGACACCGUGUUAUCUGUAUCCAGACUACCCAUGUGUCCUUUGGACCUCGAAGCACGCAUCCUCGGUCGUUAUGUUGAGGGGAAUGCGCCUGCUGGUAUCUUAUCUCAAAGCGGGCUUGCCGCGAUGUGGAAUUGCACCCCACCCCUUCCCGAUAUCCUGCUGUCACAAUCGCUAUCUGCACUUGGUCUGCACUUCUCUUCGCAGAGAGCUGAUUCCAGUCUUGAGCCUCACAUUCUACCUCAGUUUCUUCUUGCUCGUCCAGAUUCAGGGCAGGUACAGUAUCGCGUCGUAGAGGCACUGCUCGAUCAUUUAAAUUUUCGGUCAGCCGUCGGCGAUGAAUCACAACCCAAGUGGGAGCCUUUUGUGUUCGAAGAUACCAACGACAAUUUUCACUUUCACUUCCCAUCCAUCCAUCCCGAGGCCAGAAACACCGAUCACCCCAUACUCGAACUCGUUCCACCAAAUUUUUUCUCAAACCCGAAAGUCAAGCACGUACUCGUACCUUCAAGACCCCUAACUAUCGAGGAUGAACGAAUAUACACCCCACAAUUCUCACCCUCUGCCUUCUUCCGCGCCAUAGACGAGUUUCGCUCUGGAAUGAAAGAUACCAGCCAAGGCACUAACCAAGAUUCCUGGCGCAUCGGCGAAGCACUCAUGUACGGCGAAGUAGUCUCCAGCACACAAACAAUGUUUGACAAAAACCCAUCUUUCCUCCGUGUACUCCCCUCUCCCAUCGUCUCUCUCGCCACAGUACAAUUGGCAGGACGCGGCAGAGGUGGUAACGCGUGGCUCUCACCUGCAGGGUGCUUGCAGAUGUCGCUCAAGAUUCGAAUCGGGCUCAAAGGGUCUUCAUCAGUACCAGGCCCAACAAUCGUCCCCUCCAACCUCGUAUUCAUCCAAUACCUGUACGCACUAGCAAUCAUCGACGCAUGCCACGUCCUCGACCCCGGCUCCGAAUGGGCCCAUAAAGUCCGUCUGAAGUGGCCUAAUGAUAUUUAUGGCCUCUUCCCAUCUUCCCAACACAGCCCUGUAUCAAAUUCAAAGUCAACACCGGAACCACGGAAAAUCGGCGGGGUAUUGAUAAACACUAGUUUUGGCGGUGGCGUGGCAGAUGUAGUAAUCGGGAGCGGCCUCAACGUCUUAAACGCACCACCUAUCGCCUCACUCGCCCAACUCGUAUCUACACCUACCCCAGGGCUCUCUGUAGAACGUGUAGCAGCGGCAGUUCUCACCUCCUUUGAGCGCAUGUGGAAUUCUUUUUUGCAGAAUCAGGAACAGGGUUUUCAUCCGUUCAUGGAUGAAUACCUCCGAUCAUGGUUACAUUCGGACCAGCUCGUCACACUAACGAACCGGACCCCACACCAAAGUGUCCGCAUUGUCGGAAUUACUCCCGACCACGGGCUGUUACGUACUGUGCCGAUGGGCGGUGGAGAGUUCAUUGAUUUACAGCCUGAUGGGAAUAGCUUUGAUAUGAUGAAGGGGUUGAUAUCGACAAAGAAGAGGUAGGAAGGAACGUCAAAUAAUGAGCAUACAGAACUGCUCUAGAAUCGUCAAUCAAUUGUAUUCCAAUGUAGCAUGAAUAGGACAUCAUGUUACACUGGCAUACAAAUGUCGGCUAACUCAUUCACACACUUUGUAGUCAGAUCAAUCCCAGCAGCUCGCAUCGUCCUUGCACAAGAACCCAAGCAACAUGCUCGGAUUGGUCCACACUGAGCAGAAUAUCUAGCGCCUGGUCGCAGUCGAACGUCCGCAGCUCACAAGCGGAAAACUGUGUCACGUAGCUCUGUUACUGGGCGAAACUCGCUGGACCCUGGUGUUCUCAUGGGUCUAG